AUGCCAAGUGUUGGUUGGACCAAGUUAACCUUGAGUGAACUGAAAGAUUUGUGUAUAACUUGUAGCCUGUCCUCCGAAGGAAAUAAAGAGGAGUUAGGUGAAAGACUUCAUGGGUAUUUUAAGAAAAGGAAAGAAAAGUUGCCAGAAGUCUCUUCAAGUCAAGUUGGGAAGGACCCAAAGUAUAAUAAUGGAAUUCCACGUGAUCAGGCCAAGAAAGGUGAUGGAAGGGGGUUUGAUGCAAAUGCAUUUAUAGAUUUGGAUGGAAAUGAUAUUGAUUCCAUGUCACAAGAAGCUGAUAAAAGGCUUAGAGAAGAAUUUGCAUCACAUUUUUAA